CAACAUGACGAAUCAUUAGAGAACUGUUUGAAACGACUGGCUCAACUCAACUUAAAAGCGAAACCUGAGAAGUGUAGUUUCCUGCGCGACGAAAUUAAUUUCUACGGUUUAAUUUUUACGGCAAAUGGAACAAGACCAGAUCCAGCAAGAAUUGACAACUUAGUCAGAGUCAGUGCUCCGAAGAAUGCCAGCGAAGUACGUAGUUUCUUGGGUUUGGCGAACACGUGUCGUGAGUAUGUGCCAGAGUACGCCGUAAUUACUACACCAUUGCGGGAUCUAACAAAGAAAAGUGUUGUUUUUACUUGGAACCACACCCACCAAAGAGCCUUUGAGCAGAUUAAAAAGAAACUGACACAUGCCCCUACCAUGGCAUACUUUGAUACAGAGAAGAGAAGCUUGCUUAUUGUUGAUGGAUCCCCGCUCGGAAUUUGUGCUAUUUUAGCACAACGUGAGAAGUCAGGAGAGUUGUAUCGCAUUAUCUCCUACGCAAGCAGAGCCCUGUCUCCAGUCGAAAGUCGAUAUUCACAGACUGACAUCGAAGGGUUGAGCCUAGUGUGGGGGAUAGAACAUUUCCGAUUGUUUCUUCUGGGUACUGAAUUCGAUGUUUAUACUGACCACAAAGCUCUAGAAGCAAUCUUCAAUAAUCCAAGAUCAAAACCCCCAGCUCGUAUUGAACGCUGGAUGCUACGACUGCAACCGUAUAACUUCCGUGUGAUUUACAAGAAAGGAACAAUUAAUGAAGCCGAUUACCUGAGCCGUCAUCCUACCAUCAUUCAACGAAAAACUACAAUCGAAGAAAAGAUUGCAGAUAAUUAUGUGAACUACAUCAUUAACAAUGCUGUACCAAAGUCAAUGACACUUCAAGAAAUCAAGGAAGCCACCUUGUCGGACACCAUUCUAAAGAAAGUUUUAGAAUGCUUGAAAUCGGGGAAAUGGGAGGAGGAUGUGGAACUGAAAGCUUACCAAAUGUGCGCGGAAGAACUAACAGCAACGAAAACAGGAGACCUUCUUCUCAAGGGCAACAGAAUUGUUAUACCAAAAGCGCUACAAGACCGUGCGACGCAACUCGGACAUGUCGGACACCAAGGAAUAGAAAAGACUAAGGCGUUAUUGAGAGAAAAAAUAUGGUAUCCUGGGAUGGAUGGUAAAGUAAAGAUCCUCGUUGAAAACUGUGUUGCCUGCCAAGCUGUUGGUCCAAGUAAUCCUCCUGAACCUAUGAGAAUCACUCCUACAGCGACGGAGCCAUGGCAAAGCUUAGCAAUCGAUUUUUAUGGCCCUAUACCACACAGUGGACAAUACUUACUUGUCGUGACUGACACAUACUCUAAGUUUCCAGAAGUAGAAAUUGUUACGUCAACUUCAGCGAAAGCCUGCAUUCCGAAGUUAGACUGCAUAUUUGCAACUCAUGGUAUACCGAAAAAGAUUAAAACUGAUAAUGGACCACCUUUUAAUGGAGAUGAUUUUAAAAGAUACAUGGCUGCCUUAGGAAUUGAGUGGAAAACAAGCACUCCGUUGUGGCCCCAAGGUAAUGGAAAUGCCGAAAGCGUGAUGAAGCCGUUAGGAAAAGUGAUAAAAACUUCUAUGUUAGAGGGAAAGAAUUGGAGACAAGAACUUCAAAGAUUUCUAUUAAAUUACCGCUCAACACCGCAUGCCACCACAAAGAUACCUCCAUGUGAACUAUUAUUUAAUCGAAAGGUGCAAGGAAGUCUACCCGAGCUGUCAACACAAAAUGUUGUAAACAAGCACCAAAAGGCCAAGGAAAACAUUGACAAGAAGAAGAUCAGUAAUAAGCAGUACUACGAUGCCAAGAAAAAUACCAAAACAUCCAAGAUCAAGGAAGGGGACAUUGUUAUCUGUAAACAGAAACCAAGCAACAAGUUAUCUCCAAGAUUCAAUCCCGAGCGAUUUACGAUCGUGGAGAGGAAAGGCGCAACAGCUACGGCACGAAAUGGCAGACGCACCAUCACCCGUAAUGUGACUCAUUUCAAAGUAGUCAAACCUGCAGACGAACAAAGUAGUGAUGAAGAGAAGUCAACUACCGUGGAAGAUGUACAGGACAGCAGGGUCGGAGAUGAUAUGCAGGACUUUAUAGAAGAAAGUCACCCGAUAUCAAGAAGAUCAACGAGAAAUCAACGACCUGUAAAUAGAUUUGGUCACUCAAUACCAUCGGGACUUAUUUCAUAG